AAAAUGCAGUCAAACUCAGUUGAGGCAAGAAUUACGGGAGAAUAAGUCACAUUUAACCAAGCAUCUCAUCUUUUUCAUUCCUUGUUAUUUUUCCUUUGGCUCGAUUUUGAACAGCUGCGUCUACGCAAAGCUUCUGCCUUUCAUUCUCCCCCAAAAACACCCACCCCACCACCUCCAUGAGGGGGCGUCUAAUGCUCGCCUUUCAUCACUCGCAGGGCGGAUGAAACACCCUCCCCAUACAUCAACACUUAGGUCUACACACGCACACACCCCGAAACGACCGGGUGCCGGACAAAAGGGACACGACCCACUGUCCAUGCGGAACCGAGGCGGAGGAGGAGGAGGACUGCGCUUCUGGAGCUGCGCUCAGUCACCGCGGCUCUGUCCUGCUCCGGCUUGUGGAGUGUGAUCGCCCAGAGGACACCGAGACCCACGCUGAUGGUGCUGCACGUUUGAUAAGCCACGCCACGCCGCAGGGGAGAGACAACCACACGCAAGAAGCAGACAAGCCACUUAAGCCAUUUUACCCUUGGGCAGCAGCUGGGGAGAAUCUGGACACUGCAGAGUAAGAUGUCUGAGGCGUUGUCACAGCAGGAGAGGCUCCAGGCUAUAGCAGAGAAGAGAAAGAGACAAACAGAGAUUGAGAACAAAAAGCGGCAGCUGGAGGAUGACCGCAGACAGCUACAGCACCUCAAGUCGAAGGCAUUAAGGGAGAGAUGGCUGCUGGAUGGAGCACCCUCUGCUGGCUCGGAGGAAGACGAAGCAAAGAAGCAGCUUCAAGAAGAUGAGGCCAAGACUAAAGGAGUUGAGGAGGCUAUUAUGAGGCUGGAACAGGAACUGGAGGAGUUGGAGACAGGUGUGUCCGCAACAUCCACCAAAGAAAGCCUGUCAGAUGUGGCCCAGCAAGAGGAAGCCAACAAAGUGGACAACAAAGUUAUUGGAGACUCUAUAAAAGUGGUCAGAGAGAUCAAAGAGGUCAAAGUUCACGUCAGCCCUCGUCUGGAGAAAUCCAGAGGUGACUCUGACAUGAUGAGAGCAGCGAUGUACUCCGUAAAGAUCACAGUUGAGAAGGACCUGGCCACGGGCGAGACCAAGGUCUUGUCCACCAACACACUACUCCCCAAAGACCUUUCUCACCAGGGGGUCAAAGUGUAUGAGGAUGAACAGAAAGUGGUGCACGAGGUGGGCGCGGUGGUCAAUGGCGUACACCAGCUCAGCUCAUCCGAAGUGGAGGAGCUGAUCCACAAGGCCGACGAGAUCACCAUGAGCGAAGGCAGCAGCAAGGUCACACCAAAGCGUGAGGCCGAGGAAGAAGAGAAGGCCAAGAUGGAGGUGGAGUCAGCAGCGGGCAGUCCCAUGCCCAUUAAGGAGAUCACAGGUGUGGAAGCCAAGCCAGCGGCAGCUGCCCCACAGGCGGAGGUGAACGAGGCCAGCGCAGAGAACCCAGUCACCAUGGUCUUCAUGGGCUACCAGAACGUGGAGGAUGAGGACGAGACGAAGAAAGUGCUGGGGCUGGAAAGCACCACCGUCAAGGCCGAGCUGGUGGUCAUCGAGGAUGGCGAAAAUAAGAGCGAGGCCAAGGAGGAGCAGGAGGAGGCUCCCCCCAACGGGGGCCCAGCUGAGCCGGCCAAAGCCCAGGAGGCCUCAGGAGAUGCCGGAGAGCCAGAGGCCGGGAAGGCUGAUAUCAAAAGCAAGGAUAAGCAGCCGUGCAAAUGCUGCUCCAUCAUGUGAGCCCAGGGCACGCUCCCUUAUAGAGGGAACUGGAACUUGACGCUCAGAAUGGUGCACCAUGACGCCGCGCAGACGAACCAACACCGACGCAAAACGAGAGGAGAGAAAACACCUGGUAUAUUUUGAUCGAAAGCUAUUUUUCUUACAUUAUUUGUACCUGUUUUAUAAUUUCCUUUUUUGAUUUCUAUUUUUCCCUUACGUAUCUUUUACCCUCCUCCAUCUUCUUCUCCGUUUUGGUUUUGUUGUGACUGAGUUGAAUGCUCUCAAAUGAGUGGCACUUGUUACCACACUUUCCACAAGGAGAUUUUGCAGAUGAAGUGACUUUUUUUUUUCUUUUUCUUUGUUUUUUUUUUUUCAUUCUCUAGCUUAAAGGUUACCACGCAUCGCUCAACAAACCCUUUUCCAGCUUUCACCUCUUACACGCAGUCAUGGAUUUUUGUAGUCUUACCUUUCCAUAUGAAGGACUCCUUUAUCUCUGUAACGAUAAUAUAUAUGAGUCAUUUAUUUUUAAUAUAUAUUUAUUUUAUUUUACAUUACUUUCUCAAGCUCCCUAUUUUUAAUUUUUUUUGGCAGAAGCAGGAAGUGCUCUCUGGCCAUGCUACUGCAUUUUAUCUUUCUCCAAAAAAGAGAAAAGUGGGGGGAAAAGAGGGAUCAUCUAAAAAAUUGUACUGAUCAAGCUGUGAGAAAAGACAUUUUCCUGCUAUUGGACUAAAAGUAAUGUGGGAUUCCAGCUCUAUACGCCAUACUGAAACUUGGAGUAGUACAUGCAAUGGAAUGUCAAUGCUAGAGAAGUUUACAGGUCUAUUGAGUUCAGAUUUGCAGUGCAGCAUAUACGUGUGUGUCUGUGUGUGUGAUUGUGUUGGUGCUGCUGUGUGAAAUAGUAAACCACUUCUGAUCGAUCUUUCUCAGGCAUUGACAGAAGAAAACUUGCACUUCAGUGGCACCGCAGAAUAGGCCUGGGCAAUAUCUAAAAUAAUUAGCACAGUAUUUCUUGGUUAAAAAAAAAAUCAUGAUUUCUGAUUAUAUCACCCCAUAAAUACACAUACAUAUACUAGAGCUUAGGCUGCCUUCAGGUCUGCCUCUAAAACUCCUUAUGAUUUCAGUGGUCGUAAGUACAACAUGAUGGUAUUCAAGUGGUGGUUGGAAGUGUUUUGCUCAAAAACAAAAUGGACAGCCUGGAGAAAACAAAGCUCUUUGUUUCUGAUAUCGAAAACAGGAUGUUAUUUUGCAUUAUGGGGACAAAAUGAAGCAUGCGCAGUGUGUUUUUAUUCAGCACUGAAUCACAUUCAUGUGCUCAUAUCCCAAUAUAUUUUUGGCAGCAUUAGACCUGCUUGCCAUUCUGAUUUUAUCUUUUUUUUUUUUUUUAAACUAUUUAAUGGAAUAUUGCUGAGUAACCCAACUUCUGUUUCAGUUUUCAUUAAGCUGAUUCUGCAAACUAGGGUUGGAACCCAAAAAGAAUUCCAUUCCAGGCUUUGGAUUUGACUUCACACAAUGACGUCAAAGUUCACCCACUAUUGUGAGCGCACAGAGUGUGAAAAGAUCCGCUGUGUCCAUAUGAAAAAUACAUUUUUCUACAGAUUAAAUUGGCAGUCCAGCUUUAUUUUACUUUACACAAGUUAUAAUACAAUGUAAAAUGUAACAAUUGUAAUGAAAUACUGAUUUACAAUCAAACAGUCUUGACUGUGUCAAAAUAUGUACCCACCUGAAGAAGUUUACAUAGGAGAAUUGGGAACAACCAGCGUCCAUAAGUCCAAUCCGAUUAGCAUACCAAAUUUCCUUGCAAAGGUGAAAUAUAAUUAUUAAUUUUUUUCCAGAUGUCCUUCGUGUCAUGCUUUUUUUUUUUUUUUUUGGAAUCGAGGUCAUUGUACGGAAUCAACUCUUUUGUCUCUUUCUGCCACUCAGAAUUAGGAUCAACUCCAAAAUUUCUGAUACUUGACAGUCUUGCUGCAAACCUGGCCUUAUAGGAGAGUCUAUAGGAGAGGCAGGGGGGAGGGAGAGGGACUUUACUUGUAAACAUGCCGUGUUGAGCGUUACAAACUUUCCCAUUCGUUUUUCAACCACUGACUCCAUCUUUAUAAGAUCUGUGAACACAGGCAUUUCUGUGCUCCUUCUGGUGUAGGUUCAGGGUGACAUGUGAGUAGCGCCUCCUUCUUCUGGAGAAACAGAUUAACAAAAUGAGCUCCUUCCAAAGCCACAUCCAUGUGCUUACAAUUAGACAUGAGAUGUUUUCCAUCAUAGGGGACGCACACUGGAAUUUAGUUAUAGAUCCCCAUCAGAGGCAGUGGAAAAUUUACUCUACCAUGACUAAGUAAUACCCCAUAGUAAUCUAUUGUUCUAGCAGUAAACGUAAAUAAAACAAGGUGGCUAAUUCAGGAUUUUGUUCCUACUGCCCAACUUCUCUAGUUCAAGAUUAAGUGACCCUUAUUAGUCCCACAACAGGGAAAUUUCACCUCCGCAUUUAAAACAGUGAAACACCACAUCCACACUAGUGAAUACAAACACUAGGGGGCAGUGAGCACAUUUGCCCAGAGAUUGGGCAGCCCUAUCCACAGGGAGGAGUUGGGGGUUAGGUGCCUUGCUCAAGGGCACUUCAGUCAUGUCUUGUCAACUGAUUGAACCAGCUACCUUCCGGUCGCAAGGCUGGUCCCCUGACCUCUUGCCCGCAACUACCCCUCAAACCAGCAGCUGAAGUAUCUAGUUGGACCUGAGAUAGCCAUCUUUACUGCUGUUUAAAAUGAAAUCAGUCCUCUAAUGCUGUCUUUCCCAACACGGUGAUUAUCGCCCAGGCCUUCUGCAAAAGUAUCACGCUUUGGUGGCACUGCACCUCUUCACUUUUAUCAACCACUCCUACAUUCACUCACACACAUUGUCAUGCCUGCUUUUCUCCCUCACAAUGGCAAAUUCUGCUUCCUUUGUCUUUACAUUCUGCCAAGCCCAGUAAUGGUCCUCUUUAUUCAGAGACACAGUUAAGGAGCAUCACUAGUAUUAAAGAGAGUGGUCUUUCAUAUUGAAAAGUCGGACUGAGGCCCUGACAUGAUUCUCUUCCUGACAGUCUUGAUUUCUUGGUGUUCAGUAUGUUUUUUCUCAGUCAGCUUCCUGAGUACCUCUACCCACUGGUGAAAUCUUAGCCCUUUUUAUGUGAACGGCCCUUGAAGUGCUUGUCUAUGUAUUUUAUGGAUUUUGAGUAUUUAAACAGCCAGAGGUAGAAAGCUGGUUAUAAAGCGAGGCGAGUCCAGAGCGGCAUGCCGUGCCAAUUUACACUGCCUUAGGUCUCCUCUCAGGCAGAGCCAUCCGCAGCAAGAAGUUUAACGAUUUGCUGGAGCCAAAACUAUGCAAGAACCAUCAUGUACGCAAGUCAGCAUCAGCAAACGUUCAUCCAGUCUGUUCAGCAGCCCCUCUUGGAUAGUGUUCUGCAAUAUUGAUAUAUGCUUUCGAAUGGUUUGGAAACCACUCCGUACUGAUUAUGCAGUGUCGCAGAAUUAUCAGCAGACAGUUCUGCCAGUUUUUACUGUUUCAUCAUCAUGUAGUUUAGGUCUGGUAGGUGCAUAUGAUGGCCCACAAAACUCUGCAUGCCAAAAGUAGUACACAGAAGCAAGAAUGUUGAAUUUUUUUUUCAUUGGUGAACGCUAACGUUCAAAAGUUUGGAAUCAGUGUUUUCAAUAAUGUAAAACUAAUUUGGUUCCAGAUAUCCUGUGUAAGGAUCCUUUUACCAAAUUAGUUUAAAGUCAAAUUUGUUUAAAUAGUUGAAAACACAUUUUUAGUCUAAACACUUUUUGCUUUCAGUGACCCUGUACCUUAAUAAAGUUAUUUCACUGAAACAAAUGAUUUAACGGUCUAUUGUGUCACUAUCAAAACAAUCAACACUACUGAAACUUUACCAAACUGUUUCAGAAGUGACCGGUUUGGCUAAUAUUGGGAAGAGCCAGUCCCUACUAGCAAACAUGGCUUUGAACGGUUGUACACACAUAAAAUCAUUAUAUUUUUCAUUAAAAUGCAAAAAUAGCAGAAAACUGACUGAUUUUGACUUUUGGGAAAAGGUAAUUAAAAAAAGGUAAUUGGGAUUUGCGACUAUUCUUGGGUUACAAUAGAACUUAAUUCUUGUAAAUAUAUAAGGUCUGAAAUGUGUUUUAUUAAAUUUUACUAAAGUUGUUUACUAUGGGAGUUUGAACUAAUUUGGUGGAACGUUACACAAAUGAUGGUGGAUGAUGCUAGUAUGUUAGUCCUGUGCCACUUCACAGCUUUCAGAUUUUUAGCUUGACUCUAGGAAGCUGUAAACAAUAAUGAAGACAUUUUUGCUGUGUCUAGAAUGAAAUGUAAAGUCAGAGAGAAAAUAGCAUCAGGAAUUAUAAUAAAACGAAUAGCAAGAAUUCGUCAUACUGCAAAAGAAGUGAUCAAACCUCAAAGCAGAUAACUCGACAAAAAAUUGAUGCAAUGAUUUUGUAAACAUAUAGAGUAUUUGUUGUGAAAUAAAUUCUUGAAAAAUUGAAUUAAACAUCUGAAAAAUACCUUUUGGUGAAUAUGUUAAUAUUGCAAGUGAUCCCAAACUUUGGAAUGGAAGUGUUGCUAUCAAUGGAAACUGCUUUGCAAAAUGUGCUCUGUAAUACUUGUUCAUGUAUUACAAAGACGGCGUUGAAGGUUCUCGUGGUGCUAAAUCUAUCCAAACUGUCACGCAGCGGGUCUUUCCAAAUCAUAGUCUUUACAGCCAGCCCAGCCUCGCAGUAGCUACGAACAGCAUCACUUACUAUUCCAGUGUAUCGGAUUUGCCCUUAAAACAUCUCAUGUAUGCAUUUACACUUUGAGCAUGUGUGCUAACAACAAAGUUCAAACUUUUAUUUUGCUAAUUAUUUAGUUUAUUUUAUUCAUUUAUUCUUUGUAAGCAGACAGUGAUCCAUGUUAUCAGCUAACCUGUUUUUAUUUAGGAGUAUGAAAUUUGCAUUGUGCUUUUUCAGUGGCACUGCCACCCUCGUCUGGAGGUAAUGUGUUUGGGACUGCGUGGUAGUUGCGUGAGCGUGUUGGUGUGUGUCCGUGCGAGUGUGUGUAUAUGUGUGUGAGACAGCACGUGUGUAUUCCUUUCAGAACACAACAGCAUUAGCAGUAAUUGUGUCUGUAUAACUGCACUUAUUCUGGGAAGAUUUCCAUGGGGAAUCUUUGGCGUGUGCCUUGUGGCUAGAAUAGUUCAGACAGAGAGCCAAAGGUGGACAGAGCUAGUGGAAACCCUUUGUGUGUCCAUACGAACCACAAGACCUCCUGUCCCAUUCGCGAGGUUUUUCAUGGGUGUGAUGCAGUGUCGGUGGAGCUGUAUGUGAAAGGCCUAGUCUUGAAGUAGCUCCCCUUCCCUCUGGCCUCAAAGCGAUAGCUUGACAAAAAGUCAACUGUACACAGCUUUCCUGACCCCAAAUGUAGUCGAGUCAAAGCCAAAACGGAAUGUGUUUUGUAAAUACCUAACUAAAACACACAGUAUGGUUUACCAGUACAAAGUGUGCCGAUCGCUCACUGUGUGCUUUGCAAAUACACUUAAAUGACUGUCAGACGUACAGAAAAAAGUGUUUCCUAAUUCAUCACAUUGAACAAACAGAAAAAAGUAAUAAAGGAUGGUUUUCGGAUUGAUCGGUGUCAUUUCACAAGCAAAUACCAGUUGUGCAAAUGCUGAACACAGUUCAAAUGUGUUGCAUUUCAUUUGUAAGUUACCUUUUCUAAAGGAUUAAUCGGGUAGACACUAGGUGGCGCUAUGGAUCCACUUCUGUUUCAUUGCUGACAUAGUUUGCAUUUGUACCACAUGUAGUACUUGUAUGUUAAGCUCUGUAUUUGUUGUGUAUUUGCAAAGCACAUUGUGUUUGUUUGGUCAUCACGUGGGUACUUGUAAACCAUGCUAUGUGAGCAGGGCAGGGGUGCCCAAUCCUGGUCCUGGAGAUCUACCACCUUUGGUGUUUAUUUAUGUUUUGGCAGUACAUUGGCUCCAUAGGUUUAGCUGAGACAUUUUUGAUGUCCAGAGUUUACUUUUGUAUUUUGAAUGGGAGCUAGUAAUGCCCAAGUAAUAGAAGCUUGUAGACACCAGUUAGAAUUGUGUAAACUAAGUAGCUUUACUUAGCAAACGACCUAACUCAACUAACUUGACUCCAUGACUACUGGACUGUUACAUAUAAAAAUGGAUGAAAGCAUGGAUAAAAAUGGCUGUUGCUAUUUUAGUUAUAUUAGAAAGAAUGCAAAGCUUACCGUGCACUACACAACUUGUGAAAUGCUGGCACAUUUAAAAAGUGGAGAAUCAAUGCAUCAGCUUAGUGAUUACUUUGUGAUUAGAAUGAUAUUCUAUGGUACCUGCAGGUUAUUGUAAAGUCAUGUGUAGCAGUUGAACACUCUCCACAAAGUAGCACUCAAAUUGCUAAAAGGGAGGAAACCCACACCAGCAGGAAUUGACCUGUGGUUGUAAUUACACUUUUCAUGUACAUAAACUCAAAAUAAAUGUUUGCUGUUAUAAAUUGCAUGUAUGAUUACUCAACUAAUCACCAAAAUAAUAGCUAGAUUACCGGUUACUAAUAUAAGCAAUAUACACAUUACACACAACACAUAAGAGUGUGCACACUAUAUGAGAAGGCAAGAAGAAGGUAUCAUACACAUUAAGUGUGAGCUAGAAAUGCAUACUCAAAAUUUCAAACCUCACUUUUAUCACAUGACCCAAACAAAGCUGAAGCUUGAACUGACUGUGUGCUUUUAUGCAAACACAUGAAGUGCUAACACGUUUGGGGAAACUUGGAUAUCAUUCUCUUUUGCAGAAAGAACUGGAGAAGCAUUUUCCUAUGAACUGGCAAGCUAAUUUGAAACUAAACAGUAUUCCAACUAAGUUAGGAAUGUUAUAAAGACACUGACGCAUUUGGCAAAGUUCAACAAGCAGCUCCUCCAUCUCUGUCAUUCGGCCAUUGUUCACGUGUUACUGAACAUCUCAAGCUACAGAAGUUGUGAACAUUUAAGUCAUGAAAAUUAGGCAUAUUUGAAAAUAUCAAAAAGGCCUUUUUUGAUACUCGAGACCUAGCUCAGAAGUAUAAAGAUAGACUUGUGAAACUUUUUAAGCAGCAAAUCAUUUUUCUAAUCAAAUUAAUAUGAACUGUACACCUGGCUUAGGCAAGUACCAUUUGAGGAUAUUUAGCAGCUUGACAUUGUUUAAAGGAACCGUGUGAUGAUUUAGGCAUGCAUUUUGCACAGUGCUAAUUGGUGUACGUAAGCUUCCAUUAUUUGUCAGUUACCUUAGCCUCAUAACCCCAGUCUAAAACUAAAGCUAACUUCAGACACUAAACAUUUCUGGGAUCAAAAACUUCAUUUGGGAUAAGCAUGAUUUUUUUAUGACCAUUUCCCAUUUCUUUACAACCAAGUUGACCAGUAGUUAAUUUUUUUAGCUGACUUUGGACAGCAAGCAUGACUUAGCAGAUCAAUUACAUUUAAGAAGGGGGAAGUGUGUAAAUUAGAUUUUUCACCAAACCAUCACUUUAAACCCCAACCAGUAUGGCAGAAGAGCAAAAACUGACCCCAGAGCAGUGAUUCUGGGCUUCCUCUACCAUCGCCCUGACUCGCACAGCACUGUGAGCAUUACAGUUACCUCAGAUUUCUGCUCAGCACCGACCCCUACUGUUUGUCAGUUCUAACAUUCCAGUUCCGACGUGUUCCACAGCCCCGAUUGCCUUGUAGCCUGGCCGGGCACUACUCUUUGUAAAUGUGCAUGCUUUUUAUAGCUAUAGCCAUCCUAUAUCUACAUAUCCAUAUCCAUGUUGGGUGAUGUGUCCUCCUCCCUGUAGUCGAAGUUCCCUUACCUUCCGUAAUGUCAGUAAGAUCGGUGUAUUGAUCAUAGUGUCUAGGAGCAUGAUCAGUGAAGGAGUUGGACGUCCUGAGAGUGUCGACAAGGUCACUUCCUCUAUUUCCUCCUUGAAGGAUGGGCCUCUCUUGUUGUUUGCCUGGGGUGUGUGUGCUUGUGUGUGUGUGCUUGUGUGUGUGUGCGUGUGUGUGUGUGCUCCCACUGCCAAUGCUCUGCGCUUUGUCAGUUGUGAAGGUCUGCUUUCUUACCAACUUGAAAGUGCUGUAGAACAAGUUUGAAAUGAGAUAUUAAAAUGUGAUGUGCUUUAAGGAAGUCA